AUGGGCGACUACCUUCUCACGCGGUCCAAUCUCGCAAUUCCGAUCCAACAAGCCAUCAUGGUCCUGGCAACAUCCACCCGUUGGAUGUCUUCACACUUCCCUGCUACUCCGCCUAACUCAGCCGAAUGGCAGCUCCGUGGUAUCUCCAUCAACGCCAACGGAAUAAACCAUCUACACCGCUCACUAUUCUCAACACUCGCUUCCAAAUUCUCACUCAUUGCUCUACAAGAAACCAAGUUCACAUCGCACGCCAACCUACUCAAAGCCAACCACCAUUGGCACACGACAGAUGCGUAUGGAACUGCAUUUUGGUCACACACGCACUCCCCAACCUACGACGGGCACAACGGAGUCGGCUUGCUCCUCACCAAUGCAUGUCCUAUCGACGAUCCCGUCGAUAUUACAUCCGACCAUGUCGUUCAAGACUCACCACUCCAAAACCGCUAUCUGGUCGUCCAAGGCACGCUUGAAGAUGUCUGCAUUUACAUUCACGUGCUCUACGCGCCAGCCCAACCUCAAGACCGACCAGCAUUUUACCAAGCACUACCCAGAGCUUUCCCCGACAAUGCUAAACACAUUGUUUGCGGUGAUUUCAACACUGUUCUGGGCCCACUCGACACGGACGCAACUGCAAGCACAUCGGACCCAGGCCGAGCCCCGCUUAUGGAUUGGCAAAUUGCUCUGCAACUAGUCGAUCCUUGGCGCAUCCAACACCCGACCGCGAUGGAAUAUACAAGUCCACAAUCCAAUCGUCGCAUCGACAUGGCGCUGGUUAGUUCCCACAUAUUUGUCAACAACGUCCGCCGCAUCAAACAUGCACACGGGAUGAAGUGGCACAACUCCGACCAUGUUCCGGUCAUUUUUGACAUCAGCACUCGAACAUGGUCCCCAAGAAACAUAUCCAAACCAUGGCGCUGCCCCACCUGGUUACUCGCACUUCCACAAGUCAAGGAAUACCUCUGCGGAAGCCUCGCCACACUCAUGGACACAUUGUCUGGUCACUCAAUUCCCAACUACAACCCUGGUUGUCUUCUGGACGAAAACAAGCGAUCAGACAGUAUCUACCUUAGAGAAGCCUACGCUACUCACCACAACACCACUCAAAGGCGCCUGCAUGAUUUGCUCCUGGACGCACGGCUUAAAGAAGCUGAUUCGCGAAGAAGGCCUUCGCCAGAAGCACUCAAGGCGUACAAAUCAGCACAAACCUUAUAUGAAAAGUACUACGCGUCGGUCAAGGAAUCUCAAAAGCAAAGUCGUUUCGAUCAAAUCUACACAGCGAUGAACGAAGCUCGAAGGAAUUCCUACGGCCCCCCACGCAAUCCUGCCACCAAGCACGACUCCCAAUCCUCCGUACUGGCCAAGACCACACGCCGACUCACGACAACGCAGCGUCGUUCGAUGGAAGCACCGCUUACGGCUAACGAAUUCUACUUUGCGAUCACCAAAUCGGCCCGCAACAAAGCACCCGGCCCAGACGGCUUGCCGAUCGAGUACUACCUCACCGACCCUCACAACUGGGCGCGUGUCUUCGAAUUUCAACGCCGGGCACACCUUUCGCUUCUCUACAAAGCUGGUGAACGACUCGAACCUGGCAACCAUCGACCGCUCACGCUUCUGAAUUCGGAUGCUAAGCUGGGCCCCAAGAUUAUGUCGUAUCGACUGGGCAAGACCUUACCAACCAUCCUCCACGAAGAUCAAAAUGGUUUUGUCCCUGGCCGACCCAUCCAGCAAGCCCUGUUCGAGUUCACAUCGAUCCAACAAUACUGCAAACUGAACGACGUCACGAGUGCAGGGGCAGUGCUCCUCGACUUCGCCAAGGCAUUUGACAGCGUACUAUGGGAAGUAUUGGAUGAAGUUCUACGCCACUUCAACUUUGGCCCGACCUUUCGAGCAUGGAUCAAGACCUUCUACAACAAUACGCUGAUUUACAUCCUUAUCAACGGCAAGCCCCUUGAUCCGUUCGAACUCGGAGCAGGCGUACGGCAAGGUGAUCCAUUGUCUCCUGGGCUAUUUGUGUUAUUCAUCGAACCGAUGCUCAAUUACAUCCGUUUUCACCUGCCUGGGAUCACGAUCGACCGGACGAAGCAUGCGACGAUAGCUUUUGCCGACGACUGCACCGGAAUCCUGGCAGAUCUCAACGACACUCCUCGAUUUCUCGACCUAGUCGAGGAUUUCUGCAAAGCCACCGGUAUGCGCCUCAAUAGACGGAAGACGCAAGUGCUACCAUUCAUUCCAUGGCGCGACCAAGCCCUACCGAGCCGUCUGGCUUCUUUGGGCAUCAACAUCACACCAAACUCGGGUCACUGCAAGCUCCUGGGAGUUUUCUUCGGCCCAAAUGUAUCACACGACCGUCGUUUGGACCAUUUGCUACCCCUGGUUCAUCAGCGAUGUCUGUUGUGGCGACACCGAGCUCGAACCAUCCAUGGGCGUGUUGUUCUGCUCCGAACAAUGAUCCUGCCCCUGAUAUGGUAUACCACAACCGUCACCUGCACACCUCUGGACAGUCUCAACCGUUUCUCACCACUACUGCUGGACUUCCUGAACAAGAAAACCACGGUAGAACUCCCGGACAGAGCCGCGAAAGGCAUCUUGGCCAAGGAAUGGUACACGGUACCUCGAACGAAGGGCGGCCUCGGCCUCCCCACGCUAUCAGCCACCACACGCAGCCUCCAGCUCAACCUUUUCUUUGGCGGUAUUCGACAAAUACGGCAACAUCCAGGCAAAACACCCAAGUGGUUAAAUCCAGCCAUAACGCUGUUCAGUCAAGCACUUGUUGGCCAUGGCUGUGGUAUGGACAUCUUGUAUUUACACCUCCGCCAGCCGGCGCGCUUUGGCAUGGGUUACUAUGGCCGGAUACUCGGGCCAUAUCUUCACCAAGUGCUUUGCACAUGGAACCAAGCAACGACGGUUCCCUCGGUGGCUACAAUGAACAUGUUGGACCUCUUCCACAUUCCUUUCUGGAUCACUCCAAGCUGUACGACGACUCAACAGCCUCUGAGAACACUCACGAAGACGGCAGGCCUAUUCAAGGCACUCCAAAGUCCACUGGCGCACUUAUGGGACUUUGUCCAGGGCGGAUACAACCUACCCACCGCAUUUACCGAUGCUCUAUUUUGGUUAGCACCAUCUCGCACAGCACUGAUGGCGGGCACAGCCAUCGCACGACAUCUGGAGCCGCUCACUGCUCGUAUCCUGGACAUCCCAAGCGGCCCAACCCCUGUUGAGAGCAUCACAGCCUUUAAAAUACGCAAACAGCUCCACCAAGUCCAACCCCCGUCGAUCCAACUAACUCGGCUUGGCGUCCAUCGACAAGCCAACUGGCCCCAAGUCUGGCAAAGAGAGCUUUCCCUAGACCGGCACCUACUCCCCAUUUUCGGCGAUAUCAAGUUCCGACUACAACAUAACGCCCUGGGUUUUUUGUACAAGUUUGCAUGGCGCCAUGGCUAUACGAACUGCGUGCACGGCUGCGACACACCCGAAACCGCCAUCCACUUGUUUUGGGACUGCCCCCAUGCCGAACGAAUUUGGAAGCGCUACCUCACGCCCUUGGAAUUUAUCUUCGGUCGACUCGGUUGGCAAGACAUUUUAUUCACCGACUCUAUCCACCUCAAGGAAGAAUUCAAGACGCAACCUCAAGAUGGCUUCUUCGUACUGCUACACUUCGUACGGGCUAUCUGCUUUCGCCAACUGUGGCUCCAACGAAACCUGCUACUCUACAACGAAGCAUUCUCUGACACCUUGGCCCUCGAUGCGGAAAUUCAAGCGUAUAUGUGGCUACACAUACAAGCUCACUUCAAACGCAUCGACGGUCAAGACAAGCGGAAAUACAAGCGAUUCUACGACAUUCUACGGCGGGGCGGCGAUCUGCGACUCCGACACCCCCCGACAAAACAACUACCAACUGGUCAAGCUGCUCCACCGAAGGGUCCUGUAUGUUUGCUCAAGACCCCCAAGGAAGUCGUCAAGCGCGGUAGCCACAACCACACACAGCCAUCAGCAGGACGCAAGCAACACCGGACACAUGCCCAACUACCACCCAAGGAAGCAAUCCAGACAAGCGCCCAGCAACCACCUACAACCGUCAUCCGGCACGAAGGUGAUGACAUUGCUGCCAACACCUCCGACAUCAACAGACCAACUUCUAUGGAAGCCGACCAACAAUCGAAAUGGCAUUUUCGCGCUGAAGACCCGCCCAACAGCCCCCCAUCGACGGUAGUCAUCGUGGAUGGGGGGCUGUUGGGCGGGUCUUGCCAUCUGUUCCGUAUCCGAUUGUACCCCGGCUUGCCCAACCGCUUUCUGAGUCCGUCCGUGCUACGCUACUCUCCCACCACCGACCGCCAUGUCCAAACCGACCAAGCCCAAGGGCAAACCGAGCCCUUGGGUCUGAUUCCACCAAUGGAUUUAGCGGCAAUCAACGCCAAACGCGAUGCUUGGUUUGCCACCCAUGACCCGCCGUUCAUCUCCCGUCCCAGCGAUGCCGAACUCGACAUUGCCAUCGACGCCCUGAUGGCCGCCAAUCUUACUGGCGACCCCAGUGAUCUGCGCUCGCGCGCACUCCUCCGUUGUCCUACCAAGUCCGCGGAGAACCACACGAUGUGGAUUCCAGCGAUGAAGCUCUCGUUGACCCUCCCGUUGGCGUCCAUCCUACAAUCUCUCGGUUCAUCCAGCAUGCCUGCGAUUUGGACCAACAACAGCGACCAACUACGCAACUUUACUGUCGUGCGCGGCCAAGGCAUCCGUUUUGAUUGCAUCGAUGCGUCAACAUGUGCUAAGUUGUCGAACCUGCAACUCACGAUCUGCGACGAAGUCCACAAGGUCUCUUCGUUCUCGCGCCACGGCACGAAGUAUUUCGUGGAAAUCAGCCGCCUCGACCCGGACGUAUCCGACGAGAUGAUCUUCGACCAUUUCUUUGCGAUGGGCUGCCAGCCCUUGGAUGUCCGCCCGGCAGUCAACGUCGGAAGUAUGACCUCUCGCAACCGUGUGGUGCACUUCAACUAUGCGAAAAUCCCACCCAUGCUGUUGGACACAGCUGGGAAAAGUGUACGUGAAGUAUGGUUCGGUCAAGAAGAACUCCCUGCUAUCCUGAACCACCGGGACAGGAAGUACAACAAGCAUCUACCGCCUUCCAUUGCGGCCCGCCAGACCAAGCCCACGGCGCCAGCGACCGCGAAGCCGAAUCGCAAGACUAACCCGAGCGUCCCGGAUGGUCCCAUGGAAUGCUUGCCUUUCUCAGUGGGCAUGCAAGACCUGGCUCCUAGCUUUACAGCCGGUGCCAAUUCGUCACCCUUGGUUUGCACCCGACCCCAACCAUCUGACCCGCCGCAUGAGUGGUACACCAAGAUCAAGGCGCAGUGCAUUCCUGGCUUUGUGGCGCCCGCGCCUGCAGACUCUCACAUCUAUAUCGAACCGAAGACCGCGUUCGAGGACCCAGUUAACGGCGUUCAAUCAUGGUCGAUCUCGCUUUUCAACCGCUUCGAAGCCCUAACAAGCGGAGAAGAAGGAGCCAUCCCACAAGAUAUCGACAUCCGUAUCCUUCCCGUGAUGGAGGAUUCACCCCGCCCGCUAUCGGCAUGUCUACCAAUGCCAGAGUGGUACUCGACCCUGCAGUCAUGUCUCUCGCAUUCGUACAAGGUCUAA